UUAAAAGUAUUUUACACCUUGUCCACUGACAUCGUUGAUUGUUUGCAGCUAUUUGUUUGAGAUAUUAUAGUGUAAAUGGAGACUGACAGAUGGCAUGUGUAUAAAGAUUUAAUGGAAUAUCAUCAAUUUCUUAUCAACAACUGUGCUCAUUUCUCACACUGAAGCCAACACUGGGAGAUGUGCUGUCCAAACUGUCUGUGCUGCAGACAAUUGUUGUUCGUCAUUCAAACUGGAUAUGUAUUUCUAUGAAUUCCAGAAGGAGACUCCGUCUGACCAGCAACUUCACCUGGCGGCACUCCAAGGAAACUUCGACCUCCUCAAACGUGUCUUGGACAGUGGAAAAGUACAUGUUGACUGUAAAGACAAGGAAGGAACCACUCCCUUAAUACUUGCUGCGGCCAAUAAUCAUCUAGACUGUGUAAAAGAAUUAUUGAAACAAGGUGGAGAUCCAGCAGCAAGAAGAUUGACGGGAACAUGUGCUCUGUUUUUUGCUGCCCAAGGAGGAUUUCUAGAUAUUGUUAAAGUGUUAUUAGACAGUGGCGCACCCGUGGAUAUUUCAAGUUAUGAUGGAGGUACAGCCCUGUUUGUAUCAUGUCAAUGUAACCAUCUAGAUGUCGUGGAUGAGUUGUUGGCACGAGGUGCCGACAUCCACUGUCAGAUGGUGGAUGGAGCUACGCCAUUGUUUAUCACAGCUCAGAAUGGACAUCUGAAACUACUGAAAUAUCUCAUUAGCAAGGGUGCUGAUGUAAACGUGAAGCGACAGGAUCAGGCAACACCCCUUUGGAUUGCAUCACAGAUGGGACAUGUGCCAGUGGUGAGGGAACUACUGUUGGCUAAUGCUGAGGUGGAUGCUGUGAGAGAGGAUGGAGCCACCCCUCUAUUUAAAGCCUGUCACAAAGGUCACCUAGAGGUCGUGGAACAGCUUCUGCGAUACAAACCCAAACUAGGAUUGUUACAGAAUGGAGAGACACCACUUCAUGCUGCUGCAUUAUUUGGCCAUAUGAAAGUAAUCAAACUUCUUCUGUCCUAUGAUGUAGACACACAAAUCAAAAAUAAGGAAGGGAAAACUGUGGUGGAGCUAGCCAGAGAAGCAGGUUAUGACUACAUUGCCAAGUUUGUUGAGAGUUAUGUGAGAAGUAGUACACCUAAUGGCUCCACCUCCUCGUCCUGAUGUAGACGUGACAGAAAAUCUACGCAUCUGUGAUCUGAGUGUUGUUAGACCAGUUUUUUACCUGCUAUAGGCAAACAUUACAGGGGCUGCUUAAAUAACAUCAUCUAUGACACAGGGUUGAUAGUGUGAUCCUAAACAAUAACUGUUAUUUGCAUGUUAUCUCUAAAUAAAAUUCCCUUGUAGUCAAUUGGAAGCUUAACAUUAGUUAUAAAUCUUGAUUGCAAAUUUUUGAAAUAAUUAUUUUACAAUGUCUAGAAUUACACGGCAACAAUUUUUUUAAAACUGGCCUCAGAAAGAUAUGCUCUUUCUUAUACCUUAAUCAUGUCUAUAAUUUUGAGUAUACGACAAAGUCUCAAGUGACCUAUUGUGAUAGUCUUUUGUCCAGCAUUCCUUAUAAUAAUAAUGGGUUAACAGUUACCAACUUCUUCUCAAUAAUCAAAAGGCCCAGGGUGCUGAUAUUGGGCCUGUAGCCUGCUGGGAUGAAAGGCUACCAAGUUUGUAAAAAAAAUUAAUGACCUUGAUACACUCUCAAGGUCACAGGGGUCAAAUAUGUUUAAAACAACUUCUUCUCAAUAAAAAAGGGGGCAUGGUAUGGUGAUAUUCAGCCAGUAGUAUGCUGGGAGAAGUGCUACUAAAUUUGUUAAUAUUAUUGACCGUGACAUUCUUUAAAGGUCACAGGUGCCAAAUAUGUUAAAUUAUUUAAAUGACAUCUCCUUAAUAACCAAAAGAUCAAGAGUGCUGAUAUUAGGCAUUUAGCAUACUGGCAUGAAGGGCUACCAAGUUUGUUCAUAUGGUUGACCUUGACCCACUUUCAAGGUCACAGGUAUCAAGUAUGUUACAAUAUUUAAACAACAUUUUUUCUCAAUAACCUAAAUGCCCAUAUUAUUGAUAUUUAUUUCAAGGUCAUAGGAUUCAUAUAUGUUUAAAUGACUUCUUCUCAAUAAACAAUAUGCACAGAAUGCUGAUCUUGAGCCAGUAGCAUCAUAGUAUGAAGUGUUACCAAGGUUGUCUAUAUUAUUGACCUUAACCCACUUUAAAGGUUACAUGUAUCAAUUAUGUCAUAAUGAUAAGUGACUUCUUCUCAAUAACCAAAAGGCAUAGGGUCAUGAUAUUGGGCCAGUAGCAUGGCGGAAUGAAAGGCUAUCAUGUUUGUUCAAAUGAAAGACCUUAACCUUCAUUCAAGGUCACAGGGGUCAAAUAUGCUAAACUACAACAAGAGAGAGUGUUAUCAGUUCCUUUAAAUUGAAAAUUAAGCCUCCAAACUUAGAAACAAUAAAAACUGUCUGUCUGCCCUAAUGCUGGGACUGAUGGACAGGUACUAAAACUGUCCAAAGACCUGAAGACUUCAGGUGACUGUUAAGGCCCAUGGGCCUCUUGUUAUAAGGUCAAGUUAUAUCUUAGCUUAAGGCCAAGUUAAGUCAGAACCAGAGGUCAUUAAGUUUAACCUCAACAUUAGUUAUAAUAGUAGACAUAAGUUAAGUCAUAAUUUCAUUCAUGCACCAAUUCUUUCAUAACUACUAGAAUGUACAAUGACCCUUUGUUAAAAAUAUUUUUUGUUUUCAAUUUCAUGUUCAGAUUGGUUAUAAUGAAUUUGAUCACAAAUGAAAAGUUUCUAAUUUUUCUCUUUUGUUAUUGAAUUGAUUUCAAAUCUUUGUUUCUCUGUAAAUAUGUAAAGUUUCUUUUUAUUUGGUUUUCUGAGAGAAAAGAUGAUGGCAAUUAUUUUUUCCGUUGAGAAAAAUAUACGAAAUGAGUUAGACAUAUUACGCUGUGACUUGAUUGCUAGCAAAUAUACAGAUAAAUCUUGUAAUCAAAAAGUAUCCCUGUGUCAUGCAGUUGUUGUGUUUGUAUUAGUAUUUGGUUGUCCCCAUUUAGCAGCAUAUGUAACUGAUUGUCUCAAUACAACUGUGUGAUUAUAUAUGGUUGUCCCCAUGUGUCUUAAUGAGAAAAACAAAAAAAAGACUGUGUUAUUUAAAUAUUUGUUAAUACAAUGUUUACUUGCUCUGUUUAAGGAUUGUUUAUGGAACAGUCAAAUUGUAUGAUUAAACUAGCGCAUUAGAUUUGAUUUUAAGAAUACUCAUUUUGCACCGAUAUUAAUUCCGAGUAAAUAAUUGAGAUCACACAAAAUUGUUGAUACGUAAUAUAUUGUUGUUUUAUUUCAUGUAUAAACACCAUGACUUCAGAAGUCUGAUUUAUUCUUUCAAAACUCACAUUGAAAGCGUUACUAGUAAUCCCUUUUAUUUAAACUAAAUGUCCAAAUUUAACAAAUAUUUCUUUUACAGAAAUCUACAAAUAAGACACAUCAGGCAUUGAUUUUUAAUACUGAUAAAUUAUAUGUUCACCUUUGACCUCUAUAAAAGAGACCAUUUUGAAAAAAAUUGAAAGCACUUUGUCAGUAAAUGACUAUAAUUUCCAUUAGGGCAUAGAUAUUUUAAGAUACACAUGUGACAACUAUGAUAAGGAUAUAUGUAAUUCAUUUAUUCAUUGGUAUUGAUACGAUUAUGCUCUCGUCUGUAUUGAUCUUUGCUUUCGGGCCAGUAACCAAUGAAGUUGAGUCAGGUCUAUUGUUCUUGUAGUAUCUUAUCAGGUUUCCUCUGUGGAGACAUAGCAUGACUGAAUGAUUUAUGUCGAAGUAUAUGGUUUUAUGUAUUGUGUCCUAACUUCAAGACAAUAUAUUGGUAGUGCUGCCUUCAUGUUUGAGCUGUCAAAACAGUCACCAUAUAAACCAAAUAUCAUCUGUGAUGUCAGUGUGUGUUUCAUAAGUUUCCACAAGAUAUUUCUAAAUAGAAACUGAAAAGGUGAUAUACCAUUUCCUUUCAGAGAUUUUUAGACCUGAAAAAAAAAUCUGUUUGAAUUUACAGACCUUUGUUUUAAUAUAAGUAUGGUAUACUAUCAGUUUAUGGGAAACAUACUUUUUAUGAUGAAUAUAAAGUUGAAUUUGUAAAUUUUGCAAAACAUUUCAAUAUACAGAUAAUCAAGGACAUAAUUACUCAAUAUGUGUACCUGUAUUUAGAAUAGCAUGGACUACAAGGGUGAAAACAAUUUCAGGGUUUUAAUUACUUAUAGUAUUUAACCCACCGAGUUUCAUGAAUAUUAAUUGGAAUAUUAGUAUUGUGAUUAGCAGGUGUACCUCAUGUGAGGUGUUUGGAUGUGUAUGACUUUGUUUAUUAAUUUAUAGUCAGUGUUAACCAGGUGUAGGUGCUAAUAACCUAAAUAUUGAUCCCAGAUAAGUAAUCUUGAGGCAUAAUACAAGGAAAUAUAAUUCAUGUGGAAAGAGAAAUUAUGUUCUUAUUAAUGUAGAACAGGAGUAGGUGUUGCUGGGCUUUAAUUAUAGUGACACUAGUGCAGAAUAUUUUUAUCAAAAAGAGAAUGUCAGAUGGACUAUGAAUUAGAAAAUCAUUGGAUAAUGAAGACCUGUAAAAAUGUUAUUAGAUUGUGUUUAAAAUGCUUAUUUGGGAGCUAACUAGUUAUAUUAGGUGUAUUAUAUAUGGAAAGUGAAAGUGAUUCAGCAAGUAAACAAAAAUUGUAUUUCCUUGCUGGUUGCCUUCAUUUAAUAUUAAUGAACACAUGUAAUGGGUGUGCUGUAACUUAUACAUUUACAAAAAUCAAAUAGCUAUUUGUUGUAUAAUACUUAUUUAUUCAUUUAUAUUCUUUAAACAUAGUAAUAUAUGUAGUUGAAAGCAGUUUGUUGAUUAUAUCCUUUCAGGAGGAUGAUUCUGAUUCUGCAUCAUAUCAUUAUGUCACAGAUGAAAUGGGUUCAUGUCUACAAUUUGUUUUAUUCUUGUAAAUUUUUUCUUUGGCAAUAUCUUAGCUUACCUAGCAUGUUCAUUGCAUAUUUCAAAAAUAUAAAUAAAAUUUCAUGCAGUUUAGUGGGUGUUAAAACAUUAUUCUCUAAAAUUCAUUUUUUGAAAAAGAAUUGUAUGAUGUUUAUUUUAAAGGUUUGCUAAAUUGUGAUUUAUAACCAAAAUCUUAUGUCACAUUCCAGUUUCUCAAUUAAAAUAUUUGCAUUAUAUCAAAAUCUUGACAAAAAAGUUUAGAGAUUUACAAUCAACUUUGCAUAUUCUUAUGCAGAUUUCUAUUUUAGCAACGCUUGCUUUUCUUGUUCUGUUUAGAAUCAUUUAGUUGAUGCAUUUUAAAUAUUUAACCAGCUUAAAGUAAAAUCAACAUAGAAUAUUAUAGUUUAUUAUAAUAUAUAUUUAGUUUUAAAAAAAAAAAUUCAAAAUGGUAGUAUGCAAGUUUCAAGAUAAUACUUUAAUGCUUUAUUGCUUUACCAAAAAUACAUCUGGAUGAGUGUAGAUUGACAUAAGUGGCACAUUAGAUUUUUUUGGAGAGAGGGAGAGACAGACAUGUAUAAUUUGACAUGCCUCAUGAUUUUGACAAGCUAUUUAGUAAAUAGAAUAAGUAAAGAGGUUUCUUGGAAUAAUAUAUCCAUGUUUCAUGUUUAUCAGAUAGUUAUCGGAGCUAAGAGAUAUUUAGAUAUUUAUUCUAGAGGAAUGUAGAUUUUUUCAUCUAGGCAGUAAAUACAUUUGUAGCCCAGUCUUAUAAGUUGAGAAAAAAAAGUUGGAAAUUGUGCAACAGUGUUUGCCAUUGUUUUAGGGAGAAAUAUGAGACUUGUGCAGCAGUUACUGUCCUUGUCAACUGAUAAAUGACUGUGAGAAUUGUACAGGAGUGUGGUCCCUGUUUAGGGAGAAUUACUGAGAAUUGUGCUGCAGUUACCCUCCCUGUUGAGGGAGAAAUGAGACAUGUGCAGUACUUACUGCCCCUGUUGACGGAGAGAUGACUGCGAGAAUUGCACAGGAGUUAUUGCCCCAGUUUUUCAUUUUCUGAUUCUGUAACUAUAUGAUUUCAGAAUAUCUUAUUGUCUUGGUGGUAUUGACAAUAGGAAUUGGGCAACAGGCAGAACCUAUGAAAGCCCUCUCCUUAAAAUUCUGUAACUAUGCAAAACAAGACAUGAUUUCAUGUAGGUAGAAGAUCCCAAGGGAAAUGACUAGUAGAAAAGUUUGAUGUUUGCUUUGAAUGUAGUGCUUUGUGUAGAUACUGUGUAGUUAGUGGUUCAUAUCGUGCUUAUGAUCUGGUCUUAGUUGGCCAAGUGAUUAAGGUGUCUGGCAUCUUUAUCACUUGCCCUCCACCUCUGGGUCACAGGUUUGAGACUUGUGUGGGACAGUGGCCAGGUAAUUGAUGGAGAUUGAUGUUUUUUCUCUGGGAACUGUGGCUUUCCUCGACCACCCAAACAUGGCAUUCUGGCUAUUUAUAGGAUGUAAAGCCAACAGUAAACCAAACCAAACGAAACCUUAGUUUCUAAGUUUUUUAUGUGGUUGAAUAAAAAACUUUAUGUGAAAUUUUAAUCUGUCAUAAUAAUCAGUCAAUACGUAUUCAUAGGUUGGAUAAUUUAUGAAAUAUCUCAACAACAUUGUAAAUCAAUGUUAUACUGUUAAAAAUACUUUCAAGUAACAUUUGAUGAACAUUUUCUAAAUUCCUAGAACCAAGGUAAUAGAUAGUGAAGGAUUGUCUUUAUGAUUGUACAACUAGAUGUAGUGUUUCCAGUCAGUAAAUAUCAGUAGUGAUGGAGUAGUGUUGUUCAGAGGCUUGGCAUGAAUUCCCAAACCCACUUUCAUUCUAUCCUUUUUCUACAAUACUAUACACCAAUACUGAAUGAUGGGAUUGGAAUUUGUGCCAACCCUUUGUUGGGGAUAUUGAUGAGCUAGAGUAAGCAAUUAAAUGCUUGUGCAAUAGACUAUGAACCUGCCUGUUUUGUUUUGCAUUAGAGAAAAAUUGCUUUACUUUUGCUUAUAUUUUUUAUAUAUUUAUUGAUACAAUAUACCUUAUGUGGUCCUAUUUCAUAAGACUGAGUUUUCAUGCUGUUUUGGUAGUAACUUUUGUUUAUUAUGUUGACCAUUCAGAUCAGAAAUUCUUGAGAAGGUUGACUUGACUACUAAAUACACCAAUAAUUAUUUUCUACUAAGAUUCCCUGAAGAAGAAUGUGUUACUAUCAUUUUAUUGAAAAAUCACUGUGAGUCAGAUACAUCUGGUAUAUGUUGAGGUCAGGUGUUAGAUGACCCUAUUUGGACAAAGAUAGACAACUCUCGAUUUCUGAUAAUUCCUGAUGAUUUCUGAGAAUUAUGUGUCAAUUCUUUCAUUCAUUACUGAUUCUAUUGAUUUUUGAACCGUUACAAAGAUAUAGAAAAGUUUGGAACAUAUUGAUGAAAAUUUAUCAUAGAUUAAUUUCAGUUUUAGCAAUCUAAAUCAUAUUUUAUGACAUCUUCCGGUGUAAGAGUAUCAACAGAUGAUACAAAGAUAACUUUUAUAUAAUUGUACUGUUACUGUGUAUUUGUGGGAUACCAGAGUUAUUAAGAAAAAAUGUUUUUCUUUGAUAACAGAAUUCAACAACAAUAGUAGCUAGAAAUCAAAAUAAUGUUGUUUAAAUAUAUUUGUACAAUGCUUGUUGAUGUUUAAUUUUGAAUUUAUAAGUGUCAUUGUUGUGAUCCUUCGUUGACUUUGGUGCUGAUUUUUUCCCUGUACUGCUGAUACCACUUGUGUGAUACACACCUCCUGUUAGUCGUUACCUUUACCUCAAGUUUUUUGUGUGACAUCAUGAUUAAUUUUACAUAGACAAAAAAAAAUGUGUCCAAAAUUAUCUACUCAAGUUCCAGUUGCUGACUAAUUUUUAACUGGUGCUACUAUGCAGUGUAAAAAGGAAAUUACAUUGCUAUACAUAUACGGCAAUAAGCCCAGGUGGCCAACACAUUACAUCCUACACAAAUCAGGAAUUGAGCUUAUUACCAGAACUUGUCAUAAAUGUUAAUCAACAUAUGAUGAGGUUUCCAUGGUAACCACCGUGUUCUCUCUAUUAUGUGCCUCUUCUACUGCAGGUCGCAUAAAAAUGAAAUAUUAUUCUAUAUUCACACUGUAAUACUUCUGUAUAAACUAACGAGAAAGAGGGAUAAUUUGAAGGACGAUAGAACAAACAACUGUUUUGAUGUUUUAAUUUAGAUAUGGAGAUGGUAUUUUGUCUGAUAAAUAACAUUUUAGAUGAUACACAUACAGAUCGGAGUGAAAGUUGUAUCCUAAUUUUAAGAGCUUUUCCAAUAUUUAGGGCUUUGAUUUUUAAAUCUGAUAUUAAUUACUCAUCAUACCAAAUUUUCAGUGCUCCUUAUGUUGUAAAGUGUACCUAGGUGCCUGAUACAGGGAAUACAGUAACCAGAUUAAUCAAUGAUAAAAUGUUUUUUUUUUACCUCAAAUGGAAGAUAUGGUCUUGCACAUUGAAUGUUUAAUAUGAUUUUGCAGAUUCCUGUAAUGCUUUUGUUUUCCCAAUGGCCAAAAUGUAUUGAUCUAUGUUUGGAGUACAGUGUAAGGAUGCAAUUGUAAAAUUAUUAUAAAGAUUGUGCAUGAAUGUGUGACCCUGGGUGACAUGACUGUGUUGAUGAACUGUUUGUACUUCAAUAGUAGUGGGGGGUUGUGUUAAGUGUCAAGGUCUUAUUAACACCACAAUGAUAAUAAUAAUAUCUAUAUAAAAUAAUGAUGGGUUUUUAUUUAUAUUUUACAGUAAUUCGAAUUUGAUUUGAUAAUUAUAUGCAGAAAAUGUACUAGUUAGAGACUUAUUAGUCCGGAAGAAAUAGUGUUAUCUUGUGUAUUUAUGGUAUAGGAGAUAGAUGUAACAGUAAUUUUGUAGUAAUUACAGAUAUAUUACGCAGUUUUCAUUUACAUACUACAUACGAAGGCCAUCAGUUAGCAUAUCACAAUGUUGAGAAAUCUUUUUUCAUAAAUCCCAUCGGCUUCUUUAUUUCCCUAUGUAAACUAGCUUUGGCGUCAAACAUUUCACUAAAUAUAAGGGUUAUCUCCCUUACGGGUUUUAAUCAACAGUAUUAAAGUGUCAAGAUGCUGAUGUUAAUUUGUAUUUACAAUAAUUCAUAAACAUUGAUUAAUAAUGUGAAAUUACUUUUUCUGGUCACACUUGAUUCCACACCACUUUUUCUCUGUCACAAGUCAAUUUUGUAAAGCAAAAGAAAAUUUGCAGUGGAUUGUAAAAAAAAAAACAUUUCGAUUAAAAUUGAAAAUUGAAAUGUAAUUGAUUUACUGUAUAAGUCCAGACAUUGUGAUGCAGUGUAAUACUGUUAAGUUGCUAUACACAGGUGGCCUCUGUUUUGCAAAUAUGAUUUACAAACUAUUGAAAUGGUUUACUUGCAAGCAUUUGUUGAGCUAUAUUUAUAUUUUUGAUUAUUUUCAGAAUAUGUACCGAUGCUCAUUAAUAAAAAUUACCUUAUUUUAA